CGCCAUAAAAGAAAGUAUAGUUCUUAGUGAAAUUAAAUACUCUUUUAGCAUACAUUUUGUUAAUUAUAGCUUAUUGAAGUACUUUUCACUUUAAGCAAGUCAAAAAGCAGACGUUGUGAAGCAAAUAUUUUGUAAAUGAAUCUGUCAUUUUCAAGGACAAACCAGGACAUAAAGAAGCAACACUAGGAGGCAGUGAAUAUUUUUAAAUCUAUGAACUUUACCAUUUGUCCAAAUUUGGCUCUAACAUAAGUUUUUGCGGAUCACUAAUUUGGAGUGGUGGCUGGCGAAAUCACACAUUUGGAUUGAACGCCUUGGCUGACGAAAGAAAUAAGUACAAGGGCUCAUGAGAUAUGCGCGGAAUUGAAGGCAAAGUUGUGGUGUUGGGUUCCCGAGGAGUUGGCAAAACGCGUUUGGUCACAUCGUAUAUAAAGAAUACAUUGCACAAAGAUAUUGGCCCAACGAUAGCUGCAUCAUUUUUUACAUGCAAAGUAAUGCUAGACGAUGUAAAAAUCAAAUUGCAAAUCUGGGAUACAGCUGGACAAGAGCGCUUCAAAGCCGUUGCACCAAUGUAUUAUCGUAACGCUAACGCAGCCAUUUUGGUUUUCGAUUUGUCACAGCAUAAAACUUUUCGCGAAAUCAAAUCUUGGAUACAGGAGCUACAUCGUAACGUUCAGGAACCUAUGGUACUUACACUUGUCGGUAAUAAACUUGAUUUGCUUGCUCAUCGCACAGUUACGCACGAUGAGGCCUAUCUGUUUGCCUCAUCAAUCGGUGCCACCUAUUUUGAGGCUUCAGCUGAAACUGAUCAAGGACUCGAACAGGUAUUUCUCUCCACUGCACUUGGUCUUGUGCGGUUGGCAGAUGAGGGUAAAAGUCGUUCGUUACGUCAAUUCAAUUCGUGUGACUCUAUAUCUGCCUACACAAACAACAAUACUGCCUUAAGUCAUACCUCCGCGGCGUUGUCGGCGAAAAAUGCCAAUGCAGCUUUUCGCUUACCAUACGUACACAUUGGCAUACCGGUAGAUGGUGAUGAUGAGCGUAAAGUGACGGGUGUGGGAAGACUCGAGACACCAUCGUGGAGCAUUGAACAUAUCGCUUUGGGUGAAGCUGAGCCCACCAGUUGGUGUUGGUAAUGCAUGCAGAUAUUAAAAAGCUUCAAUUGGGGUAUUUAUUAUGGGGCAACAUCAAAAAAAGUGAUUCACUGAUGUAAAAACUCGGAAUUAAAAUGUUAGCGCAUUUAGUUUACUACAUGAUUGUAAAUGCAAUGUACAUAUAAAAUGCUAUUGAACUGUGGAACAAAAAGCAAUUAUAAAAGAUAUUUAAAUUACGGUCGUAAGCUUUUGUAAAUAAGCGCCGUUUGCAAUUAGUGGCCAUUUUCGUGAAAAAUCUCUAAAAUCCCUGACUCAAAAAUAGUUGAUAAGUUGCGCUACUUCCGACUUUUGUACUGAUAUUUAAUAUAAGCGCAUACGUAUAAGUCCAUUGUGCAUGCAAUUGCUAUUUACUCGAAAGCAAUUGUCUUUAAAUAAUAAUUUAUUCUUGUUAUAAAUAAUUAACAAUUUGAAGAAUUGUAGUUUUAGCAGUAAUUAUUUAAUUACCGUUUGCUUGGAGACGCUUUUGUUAAUAGCUUUAUUAAAUAUUAAAAUUUUCUUUCAAAUAACAAUAUGUGUACGUUUAUCAAAUCAAAAACAUGUACAAAAUAACAACAAAGUAUAUUGUAGUAGCACUAACCAUCGUCACAAUGAAAACAGACGAGGAAUGAAACUCAUAUUUUAAUAUUUCCAUACAAACAUAUUUAUGUAUAUACAUAUAGGGGUAUAUAAAGAGAUGCAAAUA